UCUGGCGCUGCAAAGCCCUGUAAAAACACCGUGCGCCAUGCACUGGGCCCGCCCUCGCUCCGCCUCGCCUUGUGGAGAUUCGCCGUGCAAAUGCGCAUAGGAGCCCGCAAAUAACCGUUCAUUUUCUCUCACUCUUUGAUUCAGAGCCGACGGACAAGGCCGCCGGAUGGCAAAAGCUUUCCAACUGGUGCCCCCCAUUCGUCACUGUCGCCAAGUAGACCUUAUUACACGCCCCUCUCCAUAAUGUAUAUAACUGUAAACUUCCCUUGCCCGGCCCCAGAUCUCUUUGGAUCUCAUCUCAUCUACAAGACAUCUCACCCAAGAACCCAAACAUAAACAAGUUGUUCCACACGUAGGCCUAGCCUUGUAACACAACAACUGUUCCCGUUUAUACGCCCCCAAUCCAAACACCCCGAGCCUUGAACAAUCAAAACACCAACAGCCAAACACCGUCACAAUGGCCGCCACUUCAUCCACCACCGUCCCUACCCCUACAAAGAUGCAGCAAGAGGGAGCUCCUCGAUCCUGGUACCGCGAUGGCUUCUUCAUCUCCACAGACAAGGCUUACUUGAGCCCCGUUGCCGUCAACGAUGUCUUCAAGUCUGACCUCAUGUGGUGGAACGAUCCCCUCGACGUCGCCCAGAUGACCAAGAUGAUUAACAACUGCCUGACCUUUGCCGUCUACUCGGUCCCGGAUACCGAGGAGGAAAUGAAGAACAACGGUGGCUUCCCCUGUGACUCGUCUCUCGCCGAUCUGACCCUCGUUGGCUUUGCCCGCCUUGUCACCGACUACGUCACCUUUGCCUACCUCACUGAUGUCUUCAUCCUCGAGGCUUUCCAGCGCCGCGGUCUUGCCUCCCUGAUGAUGCGUUGCAUCAAGGAGACUGUCGACACCUGGCCUGAGCUCCGUGGCCUUGUCCUCAUGACCCACGACAAAGCUGCUGCCCGUAUGUACCAGCGUGAACUCGGUGCUCUCGACUUCGACAAGGGCCCUUCUGCUGGACUCGUCCUUCUCGAGAUGCCCGGUGGUGGUGUCAAGGAUCUCCCCGAGGAUCACUAA